AUGCCAGGUAGCAACAUUGAUGAGGACGAAAGUCGAAAGCGCUAUGGCCAGCCGUUCACAUCCAAGCACCCAGUACCGACGGUGAAGAAAUACAAAGAGGAGCAACAGCAUAGGCAGGAGGCCUCGACCGUCGAACGAGAUGAGGAGGCCACGGGGGACAAAGUGCGAAGAGCAUACGACACCGCCAAAGGCAUCCUAACAGGCGACGACGGCAAAGGCGAUGAAGACCCAUACCCAAGUGCGAACAGAAAUCUUCCAUCAUCGUCUCACAACGACGAGAGGAAGCAGAACGGCCAUCAGUAUGGCCGACCGCAGCCCCAUGAACCAGAUCAGGCCAACGAAGACCCUUCGAAGGCCAAGGAGAAGAAACAGGGCAAGCAGAAGGACAAGCAGUCGGCUACAGAGAAUGCUGCGAGCGAGACUGACCCUCGGAAGAAGAGGAAAGCCAUGAAAAAGAACAAACGAACAGACGGCGGGAGAGAGGUCACAGACCCUGUUACGCAUCUACCCGUCAUCAUCUACGAUUCUACGCCCAAGGAUCUGAAGCGGACCAAGGAAAACUACCCUGCAUUUGGCUCGACGCCAAGGACGGCGACGGGGUUAAGUGCGGCCAGCAAAGAUCAAGAUCAGCUUGACGAUGAGGAAGACGAAACACAACGCGUUCAUGAUGGCACUCAGAAGCUUUUCCCACCUCCGUCGUUCGAAGAUGUAAAGCGUGAGCUUACUAGUGUUCAUCGCCUAGGGUUUACUGUUGGGCUAGGGCUGGUCGCCGCAAGCGCUGUAAUAGCUGUCGCUGCAGGCCAUCUGGUCGGAAAUUCUGAAUCAUACUGGCGGUCACCGCUCCUCAUUGCGUCAUUGCUCACAGCUGCUGGCAGCUUUGCGGCUGUCCAGUUUGUGCAGAAUUGGAUCGGCAAGAAAGUUGAAGAUUUGUGGGAGGAUGAAGUAUGGGAUUCCGCAAGGGAUCGUGAGCAGCAGUCGCAUGAGGAAGAGGCCAUCAUUCCAGAGUCCGUGGCUUGGAUGAACAGCCUCCUCACGUCUGUCUGGCCGCUGAUCAAUCCUGAUCUGUUCACAUCACUCGCUGAUAUGCUGGAGGACGUCAUGCAGCAAUCGCUUCCCUCCCUCGUUAGGAUGGUGAGUGUCGAUGAUCUUGGUCAGGGAAGUGAAUCGAUUCGCAUACUCGGCAUUCGUUGGUUGCCAACAGGUGCAGCAAGCCAGUCCGUUGACUCGGACGGCAAGCUCACUUCACCGGAUUCGAGUAAAGGCAAUGAUCGGGACGUUCCGGGCGAGAACGAACAGGAGAAGAACAAGGAUGACGAUGGCGACCAGGAUCUGCAGGAAGGUCUUGAAGCAGAGCAGGGCGAUUUUGUCAACAUGGAGCUUGCGUUUGCAUACCGCGCUCGAUCUUCCGGAAAGUCGCUGAAGGCCAAAGCCAAAAACGCCCAUCUCUAUCUCAAGUUCUACCUGCCUGGUGGCAUAGCCGUACCUGUCUGGGUCGAAACAAAAGGCGCAAUUGGCAAAAUGCGACUUCGACUACAGUUGACUCCAGAUCCACCAUUCUUCAGUCUUUGUACGCUGACCUUCCUGGGACAACCGAAAGUCGAUGUCAGCUGUAUACCAAUAUCCAAGCACGCUCUGAACAUCAUGGACGUGCCAUUGAUCUCCGGCUUCGUACAGUCCAGUAUUGAUGCGGCUUUGUCAGAAUACGUGGCACCAAAGUCCCUGACUCUGGAUCUGAAGGACAUGCUUAUUGGGGAUGACUUCAAGAAGGACACCAUCAGCAAGGGCGUCAUGAUCAUCCAGAUCAAACGCGCACGAGGCUACAAAGAAGGCGAUGCCGGCAUUGGGCCUAUGUCAGGAUCAAGUGACACCUACGCGACAGUGUCAUGGGGCAAGUUCGGCAAGCCGGCAGCUUCUACUCGCGUCAUCAUCGAUGACCAGAAACCGGAUUGGGACGAGUAUGCAAAUAUUUUGGUCUCGCCAGAAGAGAUCAAUGCCGGCGAGAAGCUGCGCAUUCAGCUCUGGGACUCGGAUAAGUAUACAGCAGACGAUGACCUUGGCAGAGUCGAAGUCGAUCUGGAAGACCUCAUGCACAGUGAGGAAACCAGAAAUAAGAUGUGCGAUAGAGAAGACGGACUCAUGGGCGAAGACGCUACCGAGGAAAUGCCUGGCACCUUGACCUGGAGCGUCGGCUACUUCGCCAAGAAGAAGAUCACUCAGGACCAGCUCGAGCGCCAGAACGCCGAGGAAGAUCUCAAGACACCGGAAGAUGUCGAGCAUCGUGCCCGUGAAAGCGCCGAACGAAAGAUGCGCGAAGCAAAGUCCCAUGAGAAGGAAAUUAAGCAACAGCAGGCCCAAGACUUCAAGGAACUCCAGGAUGAGCUCCUGACCGGUUCGCCUCCGCCCAACGACUACCCAUCCGGCAUAUUCAGCAUUCAAAUCCACAACAUCACAGGCCUUGAAGUCCAACAACUGCAAAAAGGCGACGACAAAGACGGCGAUUCCGAAGACCAAGCCGAACAGGCAGCCGACCUUCCCUCCAGCUACGCCACCAUCAUCAUCAACCACCAAAAAGUCUACCGCACACGAACAAAGCCCAAAAACGCGAAACCCUUCUUCAACGCCGGAACUGAACGCUUCAUCCGCGACUGGCGCGACACCGAAGUUAUGGUCUCUGUCCGCGAUGACCGUGAGCGCGAGAACGACGCCCUGCUGGGUAUGGUCUAUCUCCCCCUCAGCAAAAUCUUCCGCGAACGCAGCCAAGUCAACGCCUCCUACCCGCUCGCCGGCGGCAUGGGCUACGGCCGCAUCCGCAUCAGCAUGGUCUGGCGCAGCGUCGAGCUCCAAUGGCCCAAGGAAAUGCGUGGCUGGAACUACGGCACCUUGGAGAUCAAAUCACCCAUCAAAGCCUCCGGGGGCGACGUCGACAAAUCCAAGCUCUACUUCAGCACCAGCAUCUCUCAGAGCAAAAUGUACCACCAGUCCGACAACAACCACUGGACGCCCAAAAAGGACCGCAAGUCGAUCUUCCUUGCCGUUAAGAAACGCUAUUCAUCACCCCUAAUAAUCCACAUCGGCAAAUCCCACCUGCCUAAAGGCGACCCACCACAGUUCGCCGUCCUGUGGCUGAAAGAGAUACCCGAUGACGAAGACAAGACCGUCAAGAUCCCAGUCUACAAAACCGAAAAAGGCGCCCUCAAACGCGCCACCACAUCUUGCAACUACGACGGCCAGUCCAUCGGUGAGCUCGAAGUGAACCUCAAAUUCUGGCAGGGCUUGUCGGGGUACCACAAGAAAUACGCCAACAAGGGCAACCAACAAGACCUCAAAAACGUGAUGGAAUGCCUCGACGUCGCUGCUGAGGAGCGCGACUCUUCCGACGAUUCAGACGGUGAAGGCAGCUCAUCCGACUCCUCGGUCGAUGGACUCUCCCAACAGGAUUCCCAAACCAAGGAAAAGCUCAAGCCACACACAAACCAAGACUCCUCCGCCGACGAAUCCGACUCCGACCCCAAAUCGAAAAUGAGCAAGCUAAACCCCGUCAACAGAAUCGAGAAACUCAUCGGCUCCAAUGACAGCCAGGACGGGAAGAGAGGGGUAGAAACACAGGGGGUUGAUGCAGUGGAAGGGAAUGAGGAGCUGGACUAUGCGGUUAGUAAGGCGAAGCAGGGGGUCAGUAAGGCUGGGGACGUUUUUGAUCAUGAUGAUGACAAGGCUGGUGGGGUUGAGACUGAGGCUUAG